AUGGUUUAUCAUGGCGAAGGAGUCGUGAUGGGUGUCCGUUAUUGAACUCAUUGAACUUCUCUUUUUCGUGGAUACGUUUCUUUAACCUUAUUUAGACCCAUAUUGUCGCAUGUCGCUGGAAACGGACAGACCAUGUAACGAUACUCAGCCGGUGCUGUGCUUCGACCGUGCUGCCAGCUUCUGCGUGAAGCGCCGUCAUGAGCUGGUUGCGAGCGAGCCUGCGUCGAAGCAGGCCACCCAUACUACGCAAUGUGGAGCCCGAGACUGUCAUCGAGGCAUUCAGGAUGCACUGGCUUCGAGCCCUGGAAGUCAUCGAGAAGUCGAGUGGCAGCAAUGUCAUGCCUACGGCCGAUGACAUCACUGGUGUGCUCAACCAUUUGGACCAGAUGGUUAACUUUCUAAUUGAUGAGGCCACUAGUGCCGAAGCAUCCAUACCCAAUGGAGGCAUGUCCCCAUCAUCUGUGGGUCCCAUACUGGACUACAUGCUCAUGGAAGGUGUCCUGGAUCGGCUGUUCCAGUGGUCCCUGUACACUGGGGAGUUCCUGUCGAACCUCAAGUUGGAGCAGCUGAGGAUAUACGAGGUUCUUGUGAGCCACUCCCAUCACGAGCUGCUGCUGCAGCAGCCGUUCCUGCGGCCUCUGCUGCACCUGCUGGCUUCGUGCGCCGAGUGUGCCCCGCUUGAGGUCGAGAAGCGUUUGGUGGUGUUGCUCAACACGCUCUGCGUCAGUCUGUCCCAGCAUCCGGACCUUCUCGAGGUCUUCUUCAGUGCCAGCUCCAACCAAGGACCUGCAAGUUCGACUCUGCGAUUCCACUUUUGCACGACCGGCGAGUGUUUCGACAACUUGCCCUCUUCAAUGCCCACAGGAACUCCUACAGGGGGGUUUCUCAUCUUCUCCCUGCUGAUUCCGUUUGUGCAUCGAGAAGGUGCCAUUGGCCAGCAGGCCCGAGAUGCACUGCUGCUGUGCAUGGCACUGUCACAGAAAAAUGAAAGCAUUGGUCUCUACAUUGCAGAGAACUCAAACUUCUGCCCGGUGUUGGCCACCGGAUUGAGUGGCCUCUACUCAGUGCUACCGCGAAAGCUGACCAUAGUUGCGGAUGACUGGUACCGCCUCACUCACGAGGACAUUCAGGAGUUCCCAGAGCUCACCAUGUUCCUCAAUUCUCUAGAGUUCUGCAAUGCAGUGAUUCAGGUGUCUCAUACAAUGGUCCAAGAGCAGCUUCUAGAGUACAUCUACCAGGGAUUUCUGAUACCGGUCAUGGGACCCGCUCUGCACCAGGAUACUGCGGAUAUAGAUGUUGACACUCUUGAGGGCUGCACCAUAUUUGCGAACACAAUGGAGGAAAUAGUCACAGCAACGGCAUACCUGGACCUCUUUUUGAGGACAGUCACAGAGCCCCAGCUACUAUUGGUGUUCUUCAAGUUCCUGAUUACUGAAAGCUAUGAAAACCACAAGAUCCUCAACACACUGAUAAAUCGCAUUGGAGGUCAAUCUCGGCUGUGCCUGGUGACGAUGGCACUCUUUCGAACGCUACUGGAUUUCAAUUGUGAAGACAUCAUGUUGGAGCUAGUGCUCAAGUACCUGGUACCCUGUUCCCACGUGAUGGUGAGCCAGAGGAGUCGCGUCUGCGACAUAGAUCUCUACAGCUGCGCUGCUGAGAAGUUUCUCUCCCUCAUUCCUGCGUGCUGCUCCGGCGUCGGUGCCGAGGAGGCCCAGCUGCCGCUUCUGCGCGACGGAUUUCCCGCGGAGCGGGUGAUGCACGGUGGAAGCCUCCAGAUACGCAGUCGCCGCCCCCGCCGCUCUUUUUCCGGGGUCCUGGGCAGCUACGAAUCGGGAGACAUGCCACGGUCCUUCACUGCCGUGCUCAACGGCACCCAGCAGUCUCGUCCGUCGGUUGCGCACACCGGCUACCACCUGUACCUCGCGGAUGCGCGUCAAGGUGUGCGCCUCACCAGGCGAGCGUGCUCGGGGUGGUCCUCGUCUUACGACGAGGCAUCGUCGGUGGAUCUCAACGGGGUCGCGGUUGCGCCCGAGGCAAAGACGGAAGACGCCUCCGUCGAGGAGAGUUCGGUGUCUGCUGGGGACUCGGGAAUCUUCGUCACGCGGGACGCUGCCAACAAGGGUGGUGGGGGGUUCGAGGCAUUCGGAAGUCCCAACAUCGGCCCGUUCCUGAGCAUCCUGCUGGCCCGGCUGGAGAUGAUGCCGCAGAACAGCGUCUACAUCAACCUGCAGCUGACGGCACUCAUUGCACGGCUGGCCUUGUACCCUCAGCCCUUACUGCGAUCGUUCCUCCUGAGCCAUUCACUUGUGUUUCAGCCAAGUGUCCGGUCGCUCUUUCAGGUUCUUGGCUCUCUGAAGCACAAAGUGGACAGCUACUCCUACACACUGCCCAACUUUGACGAGUUGCUUGCAAGGGCUAGAAUUUUUUUCACUGUCAGGGAAGAGAGGCUACUGGCAGACACGCCUCACAGGCUUUACGGUGACCAAACUGCAGUACGUCGAAGCCAAAGCUUUGCUGCCGAGUUCUCAAGAGGGGAGUCAAAAAGGAGAAGCCUUGGAAGUUUCUUUCGAAGGACAGGCCUGCCAAAGACAAACCCUGUUCUCGUGGAAACAGGUGGUGAGGAGAAAAGCUACAGGUUCAUAGCAAGGCCAUACCCGAGCGAAUUCGCUGAAGAAGGUACCAGGCUGGAGUCUAUCAAAACUCAGAAUGCGGUGUUGGCAGCUGUGGUGCUGGAGGAGUUCCUGAAGGAGCUUGCUGCCAUUAGCCAAGAGCAUGCCAUCCAGCAGCUUGCCUCAUGACAUUGUGCAAAACGACAUGACACACUUCCUCCACAUUGAACCAGCGCCGAGAUUCCUUGUAUAGUGUUUGUGCGUGUGUAUGCUUUCUGUACCAUACUGAUGCUAGGUCUGUAUAGAUAGAAUAGUAUUUUAUGGCAAACGCCUCGUUGUUGAAUUAGCAUCUGGAUUUCAAGGUUUUUAAUUUCAAUGCCAUUUGGUGUGCCUCACGUUGUCAGAAAGGGUGCAGAAGAACUUAAUGAAAGAAUGACAGUGCUAGCCUCUUUGGCAUUCAAUUGGCAUAUCUGAAAUCUUACAAAUCUUGCAAUGCUAGCCACUUUGGUAUUCCUUUGGUGCAUCUGAAAUCAUACAAACUUUCUUAAUUUGGCUAGUGUGGUUUUAAGAGCUUUGUUGCUCCUGUCAUUAAAUGCACAUUAAUUGGUAAGGUAAUGUACAAAAUUGAACAUAAAUAUUCAGUGUUGCAGGAAAGAUGCAUUCGUAGUUGUUGCAUGCAACUGCACGCUUUCGAUUGGCUAGUGGAUGCCUUAGUGUACUGCCUUGUGGUAUAGGGGAAAAAGGUGCAAUGUUGUUGACCUGUUUAUUGUCCUUCCCAACAGUGAAUCAAUACCGUUAGCAUUUCAACGUAGCUUUGAAAUCUUGUGCAGAAGCUAGCACUGCCGCAUUAUUUCGAGGUCCGACAUAUUCCGGUUAUGUAAUACCACUGUCAUCACCACCAUCAUCGUUUAGCGGUUAGUUCUGAACCAGUGGGUGUGCACAAAAUGAAUGAUAUUUUCCUGUGCAGCUUCGGUUCUUUUUAGCGUUGAAGACGAGGUUUUAGGUGUUUUUUUUUCUUAAUUAUUUGCUUUUAAGCUUGAAUAUAGCUACUUGUAUUGACUGUAUCGUCCAGCAAGAAGAGUCAUCUUAGUGUGUGGUUUUACUGGCACAUUUUAAUGGACUAGUAUUGUGACAUUGAGUACUGUACUGCUUUUACUGCACUAGAACUCAACAUUUUUUCAACUCUCUUUUCUUCGUUAAAUUUUUUUGUUUUUUGCUAUGCAGUUGCUAUUUCAAGGGCCAAGAUCUCAGUAAUGUUCAAACGUCGUUAUAUAUCACUGUGUGGACUGCGUGCAAAGUAGCCUUGGUCCCUUAUUUGCUUUUAUAAAAGCACUGUCACACUUUGUUGGUUACCACAGUUAUGCUAUAAAGUGUUAGAAUACUUGUGCCAGACAUUGAGAGACCCAAACGACCGCUUAUUAUAAUGUGGUCAGUUAUCGUAGCAGUGCGCAUAGUUAGGUGAGUUGGCUGUUUUUCAAGCUGCGCUGCAGUUCUUGAGGCGAACCAGCCGCUUAUUUUUAAUGCGUACAACGCAAUUUUGUUGAAGGGCUCUUAUUUGUAAUGAUUCCUUUCCUUCACUCCCAUCCUUUUCCUAUCAUCUGUCAACAGUGCAAGUUAAUGAAAGAGGGUGAAAAGAAUGGGUAAAAAAAGAAAGAAUCAUUUCAAAGUCUCGGACCUUUUUGCAAGGCCACUUGUUUUACAUCAUUUCAGAACAUUUAUGUCACAAAUCAUUACGACGAAUGCUCUUUUGCAUGCGAGCUUCUGAAAAUACAUAAGCUACAUAAGCUGUCCAUUUUUCAUUUAUUAAAAAAUAUAUAUAAUAAAUGAGCAGCACAUUGCGUAUGUACAAAUUCCACAAUUGCAGAUGGAUUUCAUGGUUAGGUGCAUUUUUGAAACCAUUAGGAGCAACCUGUUGACAAUUCAAUGAAAUUUUAGUGCCUACUGGUUUAGGUUAGAGUUAUGCACUGGUUACAGCUAUUUCUUUUUUUUUCUAUUUCUAACAAUUAAGGCUGUCUUUUCACACUUGUUUCUCUGAACAUUUCUUGCUGUUUCUUGCUCCAUUUUGCACAUAAGCAUCACACGCUCCUUGGAAAAUGUGUUGUGCAAGUGGGCAACAUUUGAAUUGUAGCACAUACACAUUAUCGCAGUGCUUUGGAGAUAACAUAGUUAUAAAUUUUUAUCAGAAUGUCCACUGAAAGAACGAACACAGCUGGUUCGUUAUGUCAAAUUGAGGAACGGCGUCACUUGUUUAAUAGAAGUUCGCAGUUGGUGGAUUCUAUUGGUGCCAAAUUUCAAGGUUCAAAUUUGGGAGAACAGCAAAAAAAUUUAAGAAGUAACUAAGGACUGCAAAACAAGUGGUUUAACUGAACAAGAGAUGGGAAGAUGUCUGUAUCAAUUAGAAAAUGGCAUUCGCUACUCGUAUUGCAGGGAACGCUGUAGAGGUUUAUGGGAACUUUUCACGUCAUCUGUGUAUGCAACUGAAAAAAAAAUUGUGCAUGCUACAUGAAAGUGAAAAACUUAAUCACUGCAAAAUGAACAAACUGGCCUGAUGGUAUGACCACACACUUGACAUAGCCCUCCAUAGCAUGGCGACCAAAACAUAGCGGAACACAUACAAUCAGAAGCAAGAAGUGUAUACAGACUAUGUUAUUUGAUAUAUAUUAUUUAAUAUAGCUUUAAGUGAGGUGUCACGGAUUCAAUUCCCAGCUGUGCCAACUGCAUUACGGGGGGAAAAAAAUUCAUAAACUCGUAUAGUUAGAGAUAAGUCAUCAUCAGGAGGUCCAGUUAUAAUGUAGCAUAUUAAAAGCCUGUUCACUCUAGAACAUGUAGAGUAAUGCACUUCUACAGCUGCACUACUGGAGUCUCUCAAGCAGCAUUUCUUGCUAAGUGUGAAAUGGAGCGUAGUUGAAACUAAAAAAAGUUGAACUUGGCUUAAACAUAGUCAAUUGUGGCAGAGCAUUAAAUGAAGUGAUUAAACAGGACAUAUGCCGGCAUAAGGCAGGUUUAGUUGACGGAAAUGCCAAUUGCUAAUUCGGUAAUUGAAAGGUUUAAUCUUCCUGCAUUUACAGUUUCAUACGUUCAUCUGUGCCUUGAACAUUGUCACCGUAGAUAUUAGUACACAUUGUUUCUCUCUACAGUCUGAGCAUUUCACACUUGUAAAGCACUGAAAGCAUCAUGCAUGAUUAUGUCAUUACCACUGAUGCACUUUUGCUGCUGGAUUUGCUUUGUAGUGGGUGUUGUUGCUGCUUUCAAUUGCUCACAAGUGAGUGUUCUGCAGUUCUCUUUUAAAGAGGUGACGAACAGUUGAUGAUACUUGUUUCAAUUGAAGCUGUUGUGGCAUAGCUUUGUUUUAUUAUUACCUCGAGGCUGUAUUUCAUUCCUUGUACAGAGCAUAGAUUGGGAAUGUGUACAGUGCAGCUUUUUAUGUGAAAACACGAGCAACAAGAUAUUUUUGCUGUGAUGGUUGGACGGCAGGCGUCAAUACAUGUGUUACCGUAGGAGUGUACGAAUGUAACAAGGUAGCUCAAUUUGUGUGCUCAUGCCUGUGAUGAUACAAGAAUGGCUAUGUUUAGUUUGGCUAGUUGGUCAAGUUCCAUACUGAAAACAGUCUGAAAAUGAGCGGCCAAGAUGACAAUGCCAGAUCUCUUUAGUGCUUCGCGUGUAGUAGUAGUACUUCCACUUCCUGCCUUUCAGCUGCUUGCACCAUGCCGAUGUCUGUGACUGCAGUAGCCCCUUCUUUCUUAUACAUUGUCUUUUGUGUUCACAUUUUCAGUCUAACAGUACUUUGGAAAUGAAUGACAAAACUUCCAGUACCAACGCCUACAUCGUCUCUCUUGUUCGUGUCUUUCACGCUGUUUUCAGUAUAAAGUGCGCCUACUUUGCUUGCAGUGCAAGAGACGUGCAGAUGUUUGCAGUGCAUGUACCGAUACCUAUUGUACAUAGAGGUUAGAUGUUAUUUUUUUCCUCUGCAUUCCCGAAUGUGACAAAUUUGUGAUAUAUUGAAAGAUAAGUUGUUAUUAAGGUAUAGUUGAGGCAAAUUCUGCGUCUCAUCUCCAAGCCCUUGUUAAUAUUUGUGGAAGCAGUUUUGACAGCUUGGGGAUUCCUAGGAGCUAUUUAUUUUGGUGAUGUCUGCCAUUUCUCUUGUGUACUUUGUUAGAUUGAGUUGGCUCUUCACAUUGCGAGCACAGUUUUAUUUUCGAUUCCUGCAUGCUUUUUGGAGCGUUCUAGUGGUUCAACUGAUGGCUCUUGCUAUAAGCAGAGCUGUGCAGCUUCUCUGGAUAGAGAUCAGGAGACUUCAAAUUCUGCAAGCACUUGAGACGCAUGGCACUUCUUGGUGCCAUUUGUCGACUUGUCACGAUGGCAGGAUGGCCCAAAAUAUGCAUAAACACAACAUAGCACAAUGCCCAGUUGCCUCUGUGCUCAAUAAAUUAGCUAGGUACCCGGUUGACCUCAUUGGAGUUGCAUGUUACAUUUGCAUAAGGGCAACUAAAAUCUGCUGUCCGCAAAAGCCAACAACAUGGCAGCUCAUCGGAAUGAGGACGAUGGCUCAUAGUAAAGUCCAUCUCUAACAUUAUUGUAUCUCUGCUUCCACCAACUUUUUAUGAAGCCCGUUUGCUGUCACAGAGUCGACCCACUGCAGUGAUAAACCUUCCGAAACUAUCUUUACGUGCUUUCAGAACUACUCCCGGUGAGCUUGUUAGAGUGUCGUCCAGAUUUAGUUACACACAUGCACAUACCAUACCUUCGUUGGAUGUCUGGAAAACCCUGGGAUAAAGCAAUUCUUAACUUCGAAGCACUUACUUGCUUUUAAAAAAAUAAAGAAAAUACUGCAAUGCAGAAGAUGCAAGAUUUGAACAUGAUGAGAUGCAUAAGCAGAUCUCUCACCCAAAUAUAACUGCUGUUCACCAUCAUUGAGUGAUGCCUCAAAAUUUAUAAUUCAGUUGUUCCAACCACCUGUUUUAGUUGAUAGGACUUGAUAAGACACGAUACAUCUGUUUGCAACAGCCUUCUUUUUUGUACAUAGCCUUCGAGAACUUGUUGUAUUGUAAAGCUCAAAGCAAUGUUUUUCCUCAGUUUUUAUAAAAGCAUAUGCAAUGUGUGUGUAGGCAUGUAUGUAAAUAUUGUAAUGCCACAGUUGCAGUUUUUACCUGCUCCAUCUUUUGGCUUAGAUAUGUGCUAUUUGUUGCUUCAGCGGUUUUUAAAAAUUGGCCACACCAUUACAUUUUUUUUCCGGGUGGAUUUGCACAAGGCACGGUGCGCCAAGGUUUUAUCAUUGGGUAUUUUGUAGCAGCAAGCAAAUGGUGUAGAUAAGCUGCUCAUUCACGAAUGGCUUUAAUAAAUGCAUGAGAACAC